CUUGCGUGAGGGAUAAGAUGGCAUGGCGUUGGCCGGGAUAUUGCUACCGCGGGUAUUUGCAAUUUCUGUCCAACUUCUUCUUACAAAAACCUCUUACGAGUACGAGGGCUCCUCACCGGUCCUGCUUAUGGUGACGACGCUUUUUUUUGAAACCAUUUGGUGGAGACGCCAGGAAUCUAUUUGCGGUGGCGUGUAUCCAUUCUCUUUGAGGGGUUGGUUGUUCGACAGCGGGGUUCGUUUCUUUGAGCCUGAACGAGAUGAUCCAGGACAAGGACAAGGACAAGGACAAGAAAGCGACCCCUUGUUGAAUUGACGAUUCUCCAUUAUCAAUUGGAACAGCAUGUCCUUUGCCAUCACCAAAGGGAAUGAACAGGAUCCAAGGCGUCAGCUCAUGUUCAAAGCGACGAGAGAGCGUUCAAGAUGAACAUACAAUGUGUUGGAUUUCCUCUUUGUUGAUGGGUUGUUGAGGCUGGCAUCUCACUCACACAUAUAUCGUAGCAACCGACUUGGAUAGCAGAAGAAGAAGAAAAAAAUGGAAUCGUCAAUUAUAUCCG